AUAGAUCUAUGACAAUUGUUGUUUUGGCGUUUAAUAAAAAUACAAACUAAAAUCCGCUAAUAUUACAUUAAUAACACAAUGAUUGUUUAAGUUUUUAAAAUAAAGUAAACCUUUUAAAUUUCUAAAAUAAGAGUACAAGUAUAUUUUUGAGUAAAUAAUUAGGUCAGUCCAUUAAAAAGUUUUGCCAAAUUGGUUACCGGUACGUCAGAGGAUAUUCACUUGAGAAAUUAAAUUGAAAACAAAGUUGUUUAUGAGUAAAUAACAAUAUCAACUACAAAAGUGAAAUACGUGUUCUAUUAAGUGUUUCAGUUACUUGUGUUUAUAAGUUUAAUAUUCGAAUUUCUAAGUGAAAUAUGGCAGAACACGAUUAUUUAGAUUCAAUGGAGAACAAUCACUUAGAUGGAGCCAACGGAUCUCUUAACAUGACUGAUAAUAGCUCGGGUGGAGGUGAUGAGGCAUCAGGUACAGGUUUACCUGAUAUAGCAGCUAUCAAAGCCCGAGUGCAGGAGAUGGAAGAGGAAGCAGAAAAAUUAAAGCAGAUGCAAACUGAAGUUGAUAAACAGAUGAGUAUGGGAAGCCCGCCUGGAAUUACAAGCCCAUUGAAUAUGUCGUUGGAAGAGAAAAUAGAAGCUGACAAUAGGUCAGUGUAUGUUGGCAAUGUGGAUUAUGGAGCAACAGCGGAGGAGUUGGAACAGCAUUUUCAUGGUUGUGGAUCCAUUAAUAGGGUUACUAUUUUAUGUAAUAAAUUUGAUGGUCACCCCAAAGGCUUUGCUUAUAUUGAAUUUGGAGACAAAGACAGUGUACAAACUGCAAUGGCUAUGGAUGAAUCAUUAUUUAGAGGCAGACAAAUUAAGGUGAUGCCAAAGCGCACAAAUAAGCCAGGGCUGUCCUCAACCAACCGGCCACCGAGAGGAGCGCGCGGGCGAGGCCGUUCCUACCGCGGCGGCUACUCGCCCUACUACGCCAGCCUCAGACCCGCGAUCCGCCGCGGCAGGGGUAUAAGGCGGGGAUCAUACUACAAUCCAUACUGAGUAUGGUAGAGGGGCACCCGCCCCUGACGUUUAGUGAUAAGUUAGAGGACCUUGUCCGGUUAAGUUAACAGUGGUUUAGUGAGUGUACUAUGAACUGUUAUUUUAAUUUCUCGAAGGGUUUAAAUAAAUCCACAAUUUUUUUAAAAGGUUACACAGUGUCAUAUAAUCUUCCAUUUUUCAAUUUAAAUGCAGUCUCAAUAUGCUGAUCAAUUGUAGCUUUGGCUGAUGUUAUAGAUAAUACAGAGAGAAAUAAGGAAGAAUGUUACAGUAGAAACCAAUAUUAGUGACCUAUUUAAUAUAAAACCAUCAUGUUUUAAAGAAUUAAUUACUCACACAAUAACAAUAAAUAAACACAUUUCUAACAAGUCCACAACCCAACUCUAUGGUCAACCUGUAGUACUAAUAACCAAACUGAUUGAGACUGAGAAAUCAACUUUUUCAUGUGGUAAAAGUGUCAAGACUAUUUUUUUUUACUUAAUUUUUCUGUGACAAUUUAAACCACCUUAUACACUUUGAAAUAGUUAGGUUUUGUGCACAGUAUUUUGUAAGAUUUAUCUGUAAUGUUCUGAAAAUAACAGUGAUACAUGGUAUCAUCCCAUUAAAUUGGCUUUAUGUGUAUAUUUAGGAGCUGUUUUUGGUUAUUAAAAAUAUUAAUGCCAUAUCAUGCUACUAAGUUCAGUCUUGAUAUGGCAUAAACAAAGAAACUGAUAAAGUAGCCUCAUUGUGAGGUUAGUAUUAAUUGUAUAUAUUUUUUCUUCAUGGCAUAUUUUUUGUAUCAUUGAUGCAAUGACAUUAAUUAAAUGGAUGUGUUAAAAAUAGGUACUGAAUUAUAUUAUGACGAGAAUUGAAAAAAAUGUCAACUUUAAGAAACUGA